AUGGCAGAACAAAUUAGCCAUAAACGGUCAUUGGGCGUUAAGAGACUAGAUGAAGAUAAGAAACGUCUUUUAAAAGAAUAUUAUAAGUUAUCGGAUGAAACUGAUACAACAAUAGACAAUUUGAAUGAGAACAAUGACGAGACCACCAUACGUUCAUCUUCAAAUGAAGAGGAUGUUGUUGUAGCUGCCUCUGAUACCGAAACUUUCGAAAAUAAUGAAGCAUCGACAGAAUCGACAGAAGCUGACCCAGAUAGACACAUCAAUGAAAUGACAUUACAACAAAUUCUCCAAAUACAUAAUCGAUUAGUUGGCCAAGAGAUUGAAAUGAGUAACUCUAUUAAAAACACGAUCUAUGACAAUUACUAUGACCUAGUGAAAGUGAACACUUUAUUGCAAGAUAUAGUCCAACGUGAUCACGCAACAAUUACCGGGAACGAUAACCGAAUGGCAACCCUGUUAGGGCAACUGCGAACCCUAUCUGAACCCUAG